UAAAAAAAAACAAAAGAAACGUUUCGCAUAGAAACCAAAAAGAAAAAGGAGUCACAAAUAAUUUAAAAUAAUUAUCAAGCAAUUAAAAAAAAGUAUUGCAGCUUAUGUUACAACUUGCUGCCGUUAUUCUUGCACGUCCAACGUGCAUUUUUAAUGAUAAAAAAUUAACUAUCACAACAUCACGGAUCUGUGCGGUUUUGAGUUCGGAGUGAAAAAAAUAAAAAAAAAUGAUAAAUGAGUAGAGACUAGAAAUAUCUGUUCACUCAUUCAUAAAAAAAAUAAAAAAAAAAUUCCGAGAAAAAAAAAUCAGUGCUCAAUAGCGAAAAAAAAAUAAAAAAAUAAAACGUGAAGAAGGAAGAAGAGCGAAAAAAAAAUAAAUGAAAGAAGUUUACUAACAUAAUAAAGUGCUUAUUAAUUGAAAUUAAAUUGCGUGAAAAAAAACCUAACGCUCUUUUUUAUUUCAUAAAAUUAUAUUUAAAAAGAAAAAAAAUAUAAAUUUAAUAAACUUGAAGCAAAAAAGGAUAUAACCGGCGAGACAAGACGCCAUCAACAUCAACAAUCCGCAGAAAAAAAUUUAAUAAAAAAAGAAAACAAGAAGCGAUUUCAUCAAUUUCGACGAUUCUCGACUUUCUUUAUUAAUAAGAGUGAAAAAGAAAGGAAACAAAAAAUUACAAAGUAAAUAAACAAAUAUAAACAAAAUAAUAAAAAAAAGUAGAAAUAAAUAGAUUUGAAAGUCUCGUUGCUGAGUUCGUAAAGCCUGCAUGUCGUAAAAGAAGCACGAAUAUACGAAAAAAAACUGAGUCAAAAUGAGUUGCUUGAAAAAAUUCAAUUUUAAAAGUUAUUUAUUUAUAACUUCACUUGUUUAUUUAAUAAAUUAUACUUCAACAACAGAAGCUGCUAUAGCAUCUAAUCGAGGUGAUGCCAAAGGUCUAUCGUCACAAUUGUCCGCAAGUGACGUUCCAAGAUUCUUAUCGCGCGGGCACACAUACCGAGCAGUAGUUGCCGAUACGUUAAUCUUGCCAUGCGAAGUCGAGAAUUUGGGUAAAUUAGUGCUGUUAUGGAGACGCGGACAGAAUAUAUUAACAGCGUCGAAAUUAAUGGUCACAACUGAUGAACGCAUUCGGCUCGUUGAUGGGUACAACUUGGAGAUACGCGACUUGGAGCCACAAGAUGCGGGAGAUUAUGUGUGUCAAAUUGCCGAUAAACAGACGAAAGAUCAAGUGCACACAGUCGAAAUUUUGGUACCUCCGAGUGUUCGUCCCGUGCCAACUUCUGGUCAAAUAACCGCAAGGAAAGGCGGUUCAGUGACACUUGAAUGCAAGGGCGCUGGCAAUCCUGUUCCGUCAAUUCAUUGGUCUAAAAAGACAAAUGGCAAAGCACUUACGCGAGUCGGUGAAGGACCUGUACUUACGCUCGAACGAGUUGAGCGACAACAAGCUGGCAUUUAUCAGUGUUCCGCAGAUAACGGCGUCGGAAACCCAUAUACCGUUGACAUGAAGCUCGAUGUUUUAUAUCCUCCGGAAGUUGCUGUAGAGAAAAGUUGGGUACAUACGGGCGAAGGAUAUGAGGCACAGUUGGUUUGUAAUGUACAUGCUGAUCCGCAACCUACGGUUUCAUGGUUCCAAAAUUCGUUCCCGUUACAACCGACAGAUCGACGAACAAUGACAUCCAGAGGUAUUCGACACACGUUGGAGAUAAGACAUGUACAGCCCGAGGAUUUUGGAAAUUAUAGCUGCGUUGCCGACAACUCCUUGGGACGUCAAAAGAAAUUUAUGGAAGUAUCAGGUCGCCCGGGUCCCGCAGAGUUUCAUUCCGCGCCAUGGAGUCGUUCGCCCGACACUUAUAACUUGACAUGGAAAGUAGAUAGUUACCCCCCGUUGCAAGAAGUGCGAUUGCUCUACAGAAAAUUGAUGAUGAACGAGACAUUCCAACAGCCUGGCAGAUGGCACGACGUCAUUCUUACGCCGACACCGAGAGCUUCGAGUGAACCUCUGACACACUUUAUGUUUUACACGCUCAAAGGACUCCAACCGAGUGCCGUCUACGAAGCAAUUGUGCAAGCGAAAAAUCGUUACGGAUGGAAUGAGGUUAGCGACAUUUUCCAAUUCUAUACGCAACGAAGCGCGUCAGAUCCACGCGUCGAAGACAUGGAAUUAGUUGCCAGUUCGACAUCGCGCAACAAAAGUUCGAGUCUCGCGACUCCCAAUGUCGCCACAUUAGUCCUUCUAUCAAUUGUGCAUGCGUGUUAUGCGGCGCUAUGUAGCACCCGACGACGAUUAAUUGCGUCCCGUUCAUUCGUAGACACUUAAUUUCCGCACUUUUAGGAUUAUUAUUAAUGAAUAUUGCAUAACAACCACAUGAUAUGAUGUAACAUUAAUUGUAAUAAUCAACAUAUUGUUGUAUAAAAUAGUGAGUAUAGGUAGGAUCGUAAUCGAGUAACA